AUGGGUUUCACCAGCCGUUAUUAUGGCCACCCGUUCCGCGUCCUCUUCUCCAUCGGCAAGUCGGUCGCCUUUGCCCAUUUGAUAUGGAAUUACGGUGUGGCCUGGGGCUCCGGUUCCGGCGCCUCCAUGAUGCCCACCUUCCCGGUCCUCGGCAAGUCUGUCAUCAUCGACCGGCGGUGCCGCCGCGGUCGCAAUGUCCAGGUCGGCGACUGCGUUGUUUACAAUAUUCCCAUCGAGCCCGGCGAGGAGGGGAUCAAGCGCGUGCUUGGCAUGCCAGGCGACUAUGUUUUGAUGAACAGCCCUGAUUGUAAAAACCGCAAUCAUAUGAUCCAGGUCCCCGAAGGCCACUGCUACAUCAUGGGCGAUAAUCUGCCUUGGUCCAGGGAUAGCCGUGACUUCGGCCCCUUGCCUCUGGCCUUGAUAAAGGGGAAGGUCGUGGCAACAUCAUAUCUGAACGGGUGGAAUCCUCUGAAAUGGUGGUCCAAAUUCGACAAUGGGCUGAAACCUGUCGACACGACGUCAGAAUAA